GAGAGUGGUGCAGAACUACAUUUCCCAAUAUGCUCCGAGGUGGGCAGGACCCGGAAGUGAGGGUGUGCGAGGCCUCUCUGGAAGUUGUCCCGGGUGUUCGCUGCUGGAGCUCCGGGUCCAAAGGACGAGGUCCUGCUGCCGGGAGGAUCGUCCGCUGCUGCCGGCUCCCGGAGCCCAGCCCUUUCCUAACCCAACCCAACCCUGCCCAGUCCCAGCCGCAAUCCCCGGCGUUACCAUGAAUCCUGCCGUCUUCCUAUCCUUACCCGACCUCAGAUGCUCCCUGCUGCUCCUGGUAACCUGGGUUUUUACUCCUGUUACAACUGAAAUAACAAGUCUUGAUACAGAGAAUAUAGAUGACAUUUUAAACAAUGCUGAUGUUGCUUUAGUAAAUUUUUAUGCUGACUGGUGUCGUUUCAGCCAAAUGUUGCAUCCAAUUUUUGAGGAAGCUUCUAAUGUCAUUAAGGAAGAAUAUCCAAAUGAAAAUCAAGUAGUGUUUGCCAGAGUUGAUUGUGAUCAGCACUCUGAUAUAGCCCAGAGAUAUAGGAUAAGCAAAUACCCAACCCUCAAAUUAUUUCGUAAUGGGAUGAUGAUGAAGAGAGAAUACAGGGGCCAGCGGUCAGUGAAAGCUCUUGCAGAUUACAUCAGGCAACAAAAAAGCGACCCCGUUCAAGAACUUCAUGACUUAGCAGAAAUCACCACUCUUGAUCGCAGCAAAAGAAAUAUCAUUGGAUAUUUUGAGCAAAAGGAUUCAGAAAACUAUAGAGUUUUUGAAAGAGUAGCAAAUAUUUUGCACGAUGAUUGUGCCUUCCUUUCUGCAUUUGGAGCUGUUUCAAAACCAGAAAGGUACAGUGGAGACAACAUAAUCUACAAACCACCGGGGCAUUCUGCUCCAGAUAUGGUAUACUUGGGAUCUAUGACAAAUUUCGAUGGGACUUACAAUUGGAUUCAGGAUAAAUGCGUUCCUCUUGUUCGAGAAAUAACAUUUGAAAAUGGAGAGGAACUGACAGAAGAAGGACUGCCUUUUCUCAUACUCUUCCACAUGAAAGAAGAUACGGAAAGUUUAGAAAUAUUCCAGAAUGAAGUAGCCCGACAAUUAAUAAGUGAAAAAGGUACAAUAAACUUUUUACAUGCUGACUGUGACAAAUUUCGACACCCUCUUCUGCACAUACAGAAAACUCCAGCAGAUUGCCCUGUCAUAGCUAUUGACAGCUUUAGGCACAUGUAUGUGUUUGGAGACUUCAGGGAUGUAUUAAUUCCUGGAAAACUCAAGCAGUUCGUAUUUGACUUACAUUCUGGAAAAUUGCACAGAGAAUUCCAUCAUGGUCCUGACCCAACUGAUGUAGCCCCAGGACAGCAAGUCCAAGACGUAGCAAGCAGUCCACCUGAGAGCUCCUUCCAGAAAUUAGCACCCAGCGAAUAUAGGUAUACUUUACUGAGGGAUCGAGAUGAGCUUUAAAAACUUGAAAAACAAUUUGCAAGCCUUUCAAACAGCAGCAUCAACUUAUGUGGUGGAAAUAGUAAACCUAUAUUUUCAUAAUUCUAUGUGUAUUUUUAUUUUGAAUAAACUGAAAGAAGUUUUGGGUUUUUAAUUUUUUUUUCUCCCCCUGACUCAAAAAUGCAUUGUCAUUUAAUAUAGCCUCUUUUUAAACAUCUGUUAGGGAUAAAAAAAAAAAAAUAAAAAUAAAAAUCAGAGGCCUAUCUUUGCUUUAAAUCUGUCCUGUAAAAUUUUUAUAAAUCAAGUGAAAGGUGACAUUGCCAGAAUCAUACCAUUAACUUGCACUGCUAGGUUAGGGAGGACUUAGGGAUGUCUCCUGUGUAGUAUGUGCUUUUCUUUAAAUACGAUCAAUCAUGUUGGUAUUUUCAUUGUCACAUUUCUCAAAGCUAAGAGGGUAUAUAUUCUGGAUACUUGGGAGGGGAAUAAAUUAAAAUUUUCACACUGUGUA